AAGCCCUGUAAUCCUUGUUAUUUUAUACAUGUCAUGAAACAACGUUAUAUAAUAUACAUUAUACUCUUCAUAAACCUGUUUUAGUAAUAUCGUUUGAAAUUUCCGUGUCUUUAUUCUUAAGCAUGUAUUUAAGCACGCGGUUCUCUAAAACUGCACUUAUGUUUUUCGUGAAAUAUUUCGUCAUAUGGAUAUACUUUAUCAGCUUUUUGUGUGUAUAACGGGGAGAAUAAAUAAAAAGUAACAAUCACAAACAAUGGUGAUUCUAGACGUUGUGUAUCAAUAUUAAUAUUAAAGAGGGGGCGUAUUGAGGAGGGUAGGGUCUUUUUAGAGGGAGUUAUUUGGUAUCUUACACCUGUAUAGGGAACAACUGUGGGCUGUGGGGGAACUGAGGAGGGCAAGGGCAAACGAUGGAUUAGUUGGGGGCUGGGAUAAGAUGUACCAGAGUCUGGUAACUGAUGCUAUGGGCGACAGGUCACACCCCUCACGAAAAAGCAUGCUUCGUAUCAUCGUUGACUUGCUUUUUAUAAAUAGUUGACAAACUUGAUUGUAAUAUCUCGUUUAUAUUAUUAUUGCACGUUUGAAACUCUCCCAGGCUGCUUCUUCUUCCUCUUCGUUUCCAGGUCUCCAGCGCUCCCAGUUCGGUCAAAUUCAAGAUGGCGGAGAAUGUGGAAUUCCGCUUUUCAGCCAGUAGGCAAAACAAAGAGAAAGAAGAAAUAGUUCGCGAGGUUUUAGGCAUACAGCCUGUAAUUAUUGGAUCUUUCUUCACGCUGUUGAUCCUCAGCUGCCUGUUGUUCAGGCAUUUCAGUCUCUUAACAUGCUUAUGGGCAGUUCUAGUGGGAAGUAUUGUCGCAUAUGUUGUUAUAUGCCAUGUUCCACUAUUUCCCAGCCUCUUGUUUUUGUACAAACCUCGUAAAAAGCCUGGUGAUAACCAGAGUACAGCAUUAAAUAUUUGUUCUGUAUGUCAAAUGUUGAAAUGCCAAAGACACAGGUCAGAAAUAUCAAAUGUAGACUUAGAGCCUUGGAGAAAUCUUACCUUGAAUAAAGCAAUUGAUACUGCCAUUGAAGAGUUUUUAGAUCUACUUUUAGAAAAUUAUGUCUACCAUUGGUACAGGGAAAAAAUGAGUUCUGAUGAAAGAUUUGUAGAUGAACUUAGAACUACCUUAAGAUUCAUAUUUGCAGUGAUAUAUCGAAGAUUAAAAAAGGCAAGUUAUCCUGAAAUACUAAGCAUUUUACAAUCAUGA